AAUUUUCAUCUUCGGGAACAGGGGCUUCAUCGUAUGAAGUAAACACUGGAGAAACUGAAGUUGGCUUUUUACCAACGUUUGGGCCCUGUUACCUAAACUUUUAUGGAAGUCCAAGAGAAUACACUGGAUUCCCAGACCCAUAUGAUGAAUUAAACUUUGGAAAGGGAGAAGGAGUUGCCUAUAGAGGGAGAAUUCUGGUUGAACUCUCUACAAUGCUUGAAAGCAAACCUGUUAAUAAGAAGUUAGAGACGAUUCCUAAUGAUGACUUACUGGUCGUAGAGAAAUACCAGCGCAGACGAAAGUUCUGCUUGGCUGCUGUGUUUCAUUCUGCUACCAUGCUGCAAGACACUGGGGAGCCUAUCCAGUUUGAAGUUAGCAUUGGUAACUAUGGCAACAAGUUUGAUACCACCUGUAAACCUCUGGCAUCAACAACUCAGUACAGCCGUGCUGUUUUUGACGGUAAUUAUUACUACUACUUGCCAUGGGCAAACACAAAGCCAGUUGUAACACUGACUUCCUUUUGGGAGGACAUAAGUCAUAGAUUGGACCCUGUGAAUGUAAUCCUAAACAUGGCUGAAAGACUGCAAUCCAACUUAGCCACCUUAAAAUCAGGAAUGCAGGCUAAAAUUUCUGAAAACCGAUUAGCUGAGAUGUGGCUGAAGCUGAUUGAUGAACUUACAGAAGAUAUAAGUAAACCAUUUCCCCUCAUAGAAGGCAAAUCUAAUAUUACAGUCCUUGACACUCAGAUAGAGAAACUGCGCCUCAAGUCUCUCAAACAGAUUGGAGAAGCAGCAGCAAGGAUGAGAAACGAAGCUACUGAUGUGAAAGCCACUCUGACAGAAAUUGAGGAUUGGUUGGAUAGAUUACUGCAACUAAGUGAAGAGCCACAAAACAGUAUGCCUGAUGUAAUCAUAUGGAUGAUCCGAGGGGAGAAAAGACUGGCUUAUGCUCGUGUUCCUGCUCAUCAAGUGCUGUAUUCCACAACAAGCCCCGAAUCAUCUGGUAAAUAUUGUGGAAAGACCCAAACAAUCUUCUUAAAGUACCCACAGGACAAGACGAAAGAUGUCAAAAUGCCUGUGGAGCUGCGAAUUAACAUUUGGCUUGGGCUCAGUGCAGUUGAAAAGAAGUUUAAUAGCUUUGCGGAGGGAACGUUCAGUGUUUUUGCAGAAAUGUAUGAAAAUCAGGCUCUUCUUUUUGGAAAGUGGGGUACCUCAGGACUUGUUGGUCGCCACAAGUUUUCCGAUGUCACAGGGAAAAUCAAACUGAAAAGGGAGUACUUUCUACCCCCAAAGGGCUGGGAGUGGGAAGGAGAAUGGAUGGUUGAUCCUGAAAGAAGUUUGUUGACCGAAGCUGAUGCUGGUCAUACUGAGUUUACUGAUGAAGUAUAUGAAAAUGAGAGUCGCUAUCCUGGGGGGGAAUGGAAAGCAGCUGAAGAGAGUUACACAGAUGUGAAUGGAGAAAAAGCUCCACCACCACGUGAGUUCACAUGUCCUCUUGGAUGGAUGUGGGAAGAUGAUGCUUGGAAAUCCGAUUUAAAUCGAGCAGUGGAUGAAAACGGAUGGGAAUAUGGCAUUACUAUUCCUCCAGACACUAAACCAAAGUCAUGGGUUGCUGCAGAGAAAAUGUACCAUACACAUCGACGACGAAGACUGGUGCGGAAACGUAAGAGGGAUCCAGCUCAAGCAGUAGCAGCAGGAAGGGGAAUGUCAUCAUAUGAAGACCAAGAAGGAUGGGAAUACGCUUCCCUGAUUGGCUGGAAAUUUCACUGGAAACAACGCAGUUCUGAUACUUUCCGUCGAAGACGGUGGAGACGAAAAAUGGCUCCCUCAGAGACACAUGGUGCAGCAGCUAUCUUUAAACUUGAAGGUGCUUUGGGAGCAGACACUAGUGUUGAUGACGGAGACGGGAAGAGUUCAGACAAAACCAAGGAGUCAGCUACAAAGGUGUUUGGUGCCAAUACACCACUUGUUUCCUGCUACUUUGACAGAGUAUAUACUUACCACCUUCGCUGUUACGUCUACCAGGCAAGAAAUCUCAUGGCUUUAGACAAAGACAGUUUUUCAGAUCCAUAUGCUCAUGUUUCUUUCCUCCACCGAAGCAAAACUACUGAGAUCAUUCAUUCAACUCUCAAUCCUACGUGGGACCAAACUCUCAUAUUUAAUGAAAUUGAGAUCUAUGGGGACCCACAGACAGUAGCCCAAAACCCACCUAAUGUGGUUAUUGAACUUUUUGACAGUGACCAAGUGGGUAAAGAUGAAUUCCUUGGAAGAAGUGUUUGUUCCCCCAUGGUCAAGUUAAGCCCAGAAGAGGACAUCACACCAAAACUGCUUUGGUAUCCUGUAAUAAACAAUGGCAAAGCUAGUGGAGACAUUCUUUUCACUGCAGAACUUAUUUUGAGGGACAAGGGUGGUGCCAACCUUCCAAUUCUUCCAUCACAAAGAGCACCACAGCUUUACAUGGUACCUCAAGGAAUCAGACCAGUAGUUCAACUCACUGCUGUUGAGAUUCUGGCUUGGGGAUUGCGGAACAUGAAGAACUACCAACUGGCACCUGUUAUGUCUCCAAGUCUCAUUGUGGAAUGUGGGGGUGAAAUGGUGGAAUCUGUGGUGAUCAAAAACCUCAAAAAGACACCAAAUUUUCCAUCUUCUGUUCUCUUCAUGAAAGUUCUUUUGCCAAAAGAGGAGUUAUACAGUCCAUCUCUUGUUAUUAAAGUAAUAGACCACAGACCAUUUGGACGGAAGCCCAUUGUGGGACAGUGUACUAUUGAUUUACUGGAAACCUUUCGCUGUGACCCCUACACUACGAAAGAAGACAUUGCGCCACAACUGAAAGUUAGUCUACUCUCUGCUGCACCUCGCCAGGACACGGUAAUUGAAAUGGAAGACACACAGCCACUGCUAGCUGCUCAGCUUACGGAAAAGGAGGAAGAAAUUGUUGAUUGGUGGAGCAAAUUUUAUGCUUCAGUAGGAGAACAUGAAAAAUGUGGACAGUAUAUUAAAAAAGGAUAUGACACUUUAAAGGUGUAUGAUUGCGAAUUGGAAAAAGUACCUGAAUUUAAUAGCUUAACAGACUUCUGUGAUACAUUUAAACUAUACAGAGGCAAAUCUGAGGACAGUGAUGAUCCAUCAGUGGUUGGAGAAUUCAAGGGAUCCUUUAAAAUCUAUGCAUUACCUGAUGAUCCCACUAUUCCAGCUCCUCCUCGCCAGUUCCGUGAGCUACCAGACAGUGGGCCUCAGGAGUGUAUUGUACGGAUUUAUAUUGUUCGAGCUUUGCAACUUCAACCCCAGGAUAAUAAUGGGCUGUGUGAUCCUUAUAUCAAACUAUCCCUAAGUAAAAAAGUAAUAGAAGACAGAGAUAAUUAUGUGCCUAAUACUCUCAACCCAAUUUUUGGCAGAAUGUAUGAACUCAGCUGCUUCUUGCCUCAAGAAAAGGACCUGAAAAUUUCAGUCUAUGACUAUGACACAUUGACUCGUGAUGAAAAAGUGGGUGAAACUGUAAUUGAUCUUGAGAACAGAUUCCUUUCUCGUUAUGGAUCUCACUGUGGCAUCCCACAGCAGUAUUGCAUUUCAGGUGUGAAUACCUGGCGUGAUCAACUAAAACCAACCCAGUUAUUGCAAAAUGUAGCCAGGUUUAAAGGCUAUGCUCCUCCUGUCCUCUCUGAGAAUGGCAGAAAGAUUAACUACGGGGGACGAGACUAUACUUUGGAGGAAGCGGAAGCUAACAAAAUUUUGCAUCAGCACCUUGGUCCAGGUGAAGAGCGGCUAGCCCUUCAUAUCCUCAGAACCCAGGGUUUGGUACCUGAACAUGUGGAGACGAGGACCUUAUAUAGCACCUUCCAGCCCAACAUCUCCCAGGGAAAGCUCCAGAUGUGGGUUGAUAUUUUCCCCAAAAGCUUAGGACCACCAGGCCCUCCCUUCAAUAUCGCUCCCCGAAAAGCCAAGAAGUAUAUCUUGCGAGUGAUUGUCUGGAACACGAAAGAUGUCCUUCUGGAUGAAAAGAGCAUCACAGGGGAAGAAAUGAGUGACAUUUAUGUGAAGGGAUGGAUGCCUGGUAAUGAAGAAAAUAAGCAGAAAACCGAUGUUCACUACCGAUCAUUGGACGGUGAAGGAAACUUUAACUGGAGAUUUGUUUUUCCUUUUGACUAUCUCCCUGCAGAGCAACUCUGUUUAGUUUCCAAAAAGGAACAUUUUUGGAGUCUUGACAAGACAGAGUUCAGAAUCCCACCCAAACUGAUCAUUCAAAUAUGGGAUAAUGACAAGUUCUCCUUGGAUGACUAUCUGGGCUUUGUGGAACUUGAUUUACAUAAAACAAUCAUUCCAGCAAAAGUUCCAGAAAAGUGCAAUAUAGACAUGAUUCCAGAAUACAAGGCAGACGGUUCUCAGAAAGCUCCCAGGACUGCCUCUCUCUUUGAACAGAAAUCCAUGAAAGGAUGGUGGCCAUGUUAUGUUGAAAAGGAUGGCUCCCGUAUUUUAGCGGGUAAAGUUGAAAUGACAUUGGAAGUUGUCAAUGAAAAAGAAGCCGAGGAAAGGCCAGCUGGUAAAGGACGAGAUGAACCCAACAUGAACCCCAAACUAGAUCUACCAAACCGACCAGAUACUUCCUUCCUUUGGUUUACAAAUCCCUGCAAGACAAUGAAAUUUAUUGUGUGGCGCAGGUUUAAAUGGCUCUUUAUAGGCCUUAUCAUCUUGCUGAUUUUACUCUUGUUUGCAGCAGUACUCCUCUAUUCAUUGCCGAACUAUUUGUCAAUGAAGAUCGUGAAACCAAUUUAAAGAAGAGUUUUUUACCUCAUCUUUUUAAAUAGUAAUGAGGUUUUGCCUCAGGCUGUGGACCAAAGCCAGCAAAGCUCUCCAUCUUUUUUAUCUGCAAGUAUUUGGAACUGUAAAAUAGAAAAAUAAGAAUUUAACCAAGGUUAGCCAAGGUUCAAGGGGUCAUCACAGGUGUUUUUUAAAAAACAA